AUGUCCUCUCCAAAGGUCUGGGUCACUUUUCUUACCCUGGCGUGCCUCCAGUGCAGGAUGCUUGCACACAGCAGUGACAUGUCCAAGAGCCAAUUCAUGAAAGAACACUUCCUCAGUACGAACUGGAACUUCGACACGUACAAGUGUGAUGCUGUCAUGGUAGGAAGACGAAUUCUGAAAGACCAGAGCUCUCAUGUGUUCGUCUAUAUCUCAUGGUACCAACUUGAACAUUUGUGUGUUCGUAACCAUUGGAAUGACCGCCACAGGAAUGCAUACGUGUGGACCCAGAGUCCCAUCAAAGUACUCACGUGUUACCGGGAGCAUUUCAAAAAUAGCUACACAGAGAGCAAGAGCUUCAACUAUGUUGAAUUCCAUUGUAACAUGAAUGGCUAUGUUAAUGCCAUAGAGGACAUGAAGAUGAUAGAAGUUAUCGACAACUAG